AUGGUUGAUGCUGAAGUUGAUCAUGUAGUCAAACAGAACCUCGCCUCUGCUUUUGUUGAGCAAACCUCCUCGAAUGAAGAGCGUCCAGCUGUUUCAUCCGAAAUCAGCGAGGCCAAACCAUCUCACCGGAAGAUCGACGAUUUCUCUGAGAUAGAGGAGCUUGAAAGCCUCAACGAUGUCACGUAUGGGAAAACUACUCAAGAGGUGGAUGAUCCCAAACCUCGGAUCAUUCUGUCGGGAUGGUUGUGGACAGGAAAUAGACUGUCAUGUUUUCCCUCCAUUUCGAGAGGUUCUUGGACUAGACAUUUCUUUGUGAUUGUUCCCGGAAUGCUCAUCUGCUACGAUGAUGAUACCGAUUGCAAUGACUUAACAAACAGUAGGUAUCGCAUUGAUCUGAAUGCAGGAAUAUGCGUCAAAAAGUCCAGGAAGAGUGCAAACGUGAUCAAAGUUUUGAUAGGAAGUCGUACAAUCAUGUUGAAAACAGAGGAAUCUAAUGAUACAUCGCGCUGGCAAGAAGCUUUGAUGGAGGCCUUUUCACUUGCCGCGGAUCAGCUGGACCACACCUUGACUCUGAGUGCAGAGGCCGGGGUUUUGCAGUCUCAUGACUAUGACAACUUCAUCUCUCUAGCAAGGGACAAGCCACGUCAAAUCUGGACGCCGAAGAGCAAAGCGAUAGAUCUGGAACUACGCUUGAACGGUAGUGAUCGAUGA